AUGUGGAGUAAGAAGGAGUCCAUCUUCCUCUUGGCCUUAUUGCAAAACUUCCAUGAGCACCUCCAUGUCAACAUGUUGCAAUUAAUGAAUAUUAUUUUGAAAUAUAUUAAUACAUUUUAUCUUCUUCAUGGGCAGAUAUUACCUGUUUCCCUGUGUAAUGAUAAUUGCCCUUUAGGUUACAGAAAGACCCCAAAAGAAGGAGAACCAUUUUGCUGCUAUGAUUGCAUUCCAUGUCCGCAGGGAAAGAUCACAAACCAGACAGAUAUGGACCAAUGCUUCCAGUGCCCAGAAGGUCAAUAUCCAAACAAUAAGCAGAACAUUUGCCUUCUCAAAUAUAGAACAUAUCUUUCUUAUGAAGAAACACUAGGAAGCAGCUUGAUGACAGUGGCCAUUAUCCUUUCUUUUACUACAAUUUCUAUACUAGGAGUAUUCCUGAAGUACCACAACACUCCAAUCAUUAAGGCCAACAACCGCAGCCUCUCCUACACCCUCCUCAUCUCUCUCCUCCUGUCCUUCCUUUGUCCUCUACUUUUCAUUGGCAGACCCAUGACGGUGACCUGUCUCCUUCGACAGACUGCUUUUGGGAUCAUUUUCUCAGUGGCUGUUUCCUGUAUAUUGGCCAAAACCAUCACUGUGGUUCUUGCUUUCAUGGCCACCAAGCCAGGAUCAAAAAUGAGGACAUGGGUUGGGAAAAGACUGGCCCUUUCCAUUGUUCUCUCCUGCUCCCUCAUUCAAACCCUUCUUUGUACUGUGUGGCUAGCAACCUCACCUCCUUUCGUAGAUGUUGAUAUGCACUCCUUCAUUUCUGAAAUUGUUGUGGAAUGCAAUGAAGGAUAUGUUGUCAUGUUUUAUAGUGUCUUAUCCUUUAUGGGCAUCCUGGCUAUGGUCAGUUUUAUUGCAGCUUUCCUAGCUAGGAAGUUACCAGACACUUUCCAGGAAACCAAGUCUAUUACCUUUAGUAUGCUGGUUUUUUGCAGUGUCUGGUUAUCCUUUAUUCCUGCUUAUGUGAGUACCAAAGGGAAAUACACAGUGGCUGUGGAGAUCUUCUCCCUCUUGGCCUCCAGUGCUGGGCUGCUAGCCUGUGUCUUUUUCCCCAAAUGCUACAUCAUUAUUGUAAGGCCUGAUCUGAAUAAAAGGGAUAAUCUAAUAAAGAGAAAUACAUGA